GACGAGGCACAAACAACAAAUCUGAAGUAUAGGGGAUUCUAUUACUUUUAAAGUUUGUUUUCCAAUUUUAGUAAAAUAUUUAGUUAAUUUUGUAAAACAAAGAAAUCAAAUUUAUGUGAUAUUGGCCGACCAAUAAUAUGUUGAGUUUCCGGAUUUGUAAAGUACAACGCUUCCAAUCCUGUCAAAGAUGGCAAAGCCAGGGACCAGGACAGACUCUACCUCCCCCUGCAGAGUCCACGCAAAAGUACACUUGGCAAAAGCCCUUGGGUCAACAUACCAACAUCAGGAUUUUUAAUCAUGUCCUGCGGCAAAAAGUUCCACUUUUGCUGCCCAAUCCUAACAUGGUGUCCUGGUAUACAUGCGGACCGACGGUCUACGACUCGGCCCACUUGGGUCAUGCCAGUACAUAUGUUAAGGUUGACAUAAUUCAGCGCAUUCUCAGAGAUUACUUCCGUAUCAAUUUGGUCACAGCUAUGAAUAUAACCGAUGUGGAUGACAAAAUAAUACGAAGAGCUCGAGAAUCGGGUUGUAAUUGGCUGGACAUGGCGCGAGCCUAUGAAGCAGAGUUUAGGGAAGAUAUGCUAAGCUUAAAUGUGCAACCUCCCGAUAUCAGGAGUCAUGUUAGUGCCAAUAUUGACAACAUUCAGCGAUUUAUCAACGAGCUAAUAUCGAAUGAACAGGCCUACGUAACGAAAGACUAUUCAGUGUACUUUGAUGUGUCGAAGGCUGUGCACUAUGGCAAGUUACAGAGGGCGGAUAUCGAUAGCUCCACGGAACCAGGGGAACAGGGUACGCAUAAGCGACAUCGCUCAGACUUUGCUUUGUGGAAAGCUAAAAAGUUUCCAGAUGAGCCUAGCUGGCCGGCUUCUUGGGGAGGCGAGGGUCGUCCUGGCUGGCAUAUAGAGUGUAGUGCGAUAGCUGGAAUGUUUUUUGGUCGGCGAUUGGAUUUUCACGCUGGUGGACUGGAUUUGCGCUUUCCGCACCAUGAAAACGAAGAGGCUCAAUGCUGUGCCCGCUAUGAGACCGAUCAGUGGGUCAACUAUUGGAUGCACACCGGACAACUUCAUGUGGCAGGAGAUAAGGAUAAAAUGUCAAAGUCUCUAAAGAAUACCAUCUCAGUAUCGGAGCUUUUAAAACACUACACAGCUGAUGAAUUCCGUAUGGCCUGCCUUUUGUCCAACUAUCGCAAUGCCAUGCCGUACAGUGAUCAACUCAUGAUAACUGCCCGCCAGACCCUGCAAAAAUUCCGCAAUUUCCAGGCGGAUUUGUCAGCGUACACAUCGUUUUUGAAACCGCUCAAGUAUCUAGAUGAGGGAGCUCUGCGAGCACAACUGGCUCAUACGGUUAACGAAUUUGAUGAAAGUCUGAGGGAUGACUUUGAUACUGCUCGAGGAUUAAGUGUACUCAUGGAUCAAAUGUCCAGCAUUAGUCGAUGCAUAAAUGACCAGGAAGGAAAUGCAGAACAGGAGCCAGCCUAUUGCCUUGACCUGUUAAUUGCUGCAGGCAAUUUCAUAAACAAAGUCAUGGGAGACUUUGGCCUGACAGAACUUAAAGAAACGGAAAGCUCGAAAUCAAGACAACAGCAAUUAUCCGCGCUGGGACUGGACAGCAGCAAUUUAGUCUCGGAUAUUCUUAGCCUACGUGGUAACAUAAGACAACAGGCGACGGCACAAUCACCAAAGAACCUUCAACUCUUAGCCGUUUGCGAUGAUCUAAGGAAUGUUCUCCAGCAACAGGGAAUACAGGUGCGGGAUCACAAGCAGGGCAGUUCCUGGGUGGUCGCAACGGCCAGCAAAGAUAAUCAAAGUUCAGGCUAAACUAAAUAUAUAGUUUAUUCCCUCUAAAAAACGAGAGCACCUCAUGUUUCUGGAGCAUAGUUGAAAUUGGGGAGUUUGUAAAUAUUUUAUUUAUUUCAAAUAAAUAUUUAAAAAUUA